AGAGUCCAAGUCCUUCCCCAGACAGUGCUAUAUAUGAUAGCAGACGCAGAGGCGUUCAGUGAAAGCGGAGAGAUUUGUGGCCUCGGUAUGAAGAAAGCACGGCGAAGAUACAGUAAAGAAAUCGCGGCCGCCUUGGAAAACCUGCUCCCCGCGCGAUGCCAGGUGCUUGGUCUCGUGACGCCUGGAGUUGUAGUUACUCCCAGAGGCUCUGGCUGCCAUCGCCCCGUGGAGGUUGAAGAAGGAGAGGCCGGAUUUGCCUUGCUCUUCCCCAAAAUCGAUGGGGUGAAGAUUCAGACCUUCCAUUUUUAUAAAGACCCGAAGAGGCAAACUAUGGAUGAAGAACAGUUUGCGGAAGCAGGCAAGCCGAGGCUGUUUGGGGACCCCCGUUUGAACUCUUGCUAUUAUUAUUAUUAUUAUUUUUAA